AUGCAGGGAAGAAAGCCGGCAGGAGGCACGGAGGCGGGGAGGGAAGAAGCGGGGGGAAACAGGAGGGAUGAAGGAGGCUGGAGUCCGCGCGUGGAAGCGCCCUGGACAGUGGCGUGCUUUGGUGCCGUGCUUGUGACCCUCUGCCUGCACUACAAGGCACUUUGCGAGGACCGCACCGAGUUGUCCCUGCCGGAGCUAAUCACUUCGAUGGAGACGCGGUGCCGCUCGUUGGGCGACGUCUUUGAGCGCCCCGUGACGGAGCCGCUGCUGCACCCUGUGCCCUCGCAGUUUGGCGUGGCGGUGUGGGUCGAGCGCGAGCCUUGGUCGCUGCCGGUGCACGACGCACUCGACCGCAUUGAGGCGGCAAUUCAUCGGGGCUCAUCCAACGCUGCCGCCGCGGUGUCGGGGCCGCGUUUAAUUCAACGCAUAGUGCGCGUGACCACAAAACGGUUGCGGGACGGCGGUAGGCGGAACGGCACUGCCGCUCUCGGCACUGCCGCGGCGGCCCAACAGCUUGGCUUGGGGGUUGCCCAACACGUCAGCAUAGCGGAUUUGCGUGGGGAGGUGGUGAUGUACGGUAUAAGUUUCUUUUGCCGAGCGAGCUCGGCUGCCAGUAAUUCACACGUGGAGUGCCGCUUCUUUGAUGCGGGGCGGGCGUAUUGCACCAUUCCAGAAAACGCCACCUCGGCGUGGUUGUCGCGGGAAGUUCCAGCCGCCGUUGCGACGUUGAUGUCCCGUUGGCUGAAGCUCGACAGCUUUCGCGACGUGGCCGCGGUGCGGCGGUGGGCGAAGGAGCGUGAGGCGCACAGCUGCACCUACGCCCUGCGCGCCCUGCGCCAGCUGGAGCGCUCCGUCGCGACCCACCCCGACAUGCCAGCGCCGUUAGACGUGGCUGAGACGGUCCGUCGGCUGCGGGCGUUGAUUCACGCCGGGGAGUUUAUACAUUUUGCACGGGCCGCCGACGACCUGCAGUUUCACCCACUGCUCCUGCCCCAACUGUACAUUCCGUGGGAUCAGGCGCUGGUGAUUCACUCCUCGAUCCUGCUGCCCAUGGUGGUGGUGGCGGUGCUCGGAGUGCGCCUGACCGUCGCGGCCCGGAGGCGGCGGCGCGAUGCCGCAAAAAAGCAAGCAACAUCCAACCUGAAGAGCGACUGA